AUGUCUACUCCGGCCAAGAUCACUCUCGGGGCUUCUGUAGCCUUUUGCUGUGCAACAGUUUGGGGUGUACAUUACCUCCAGACAUACGAAAAAGAGUUAUUGCGCAAAGGUCUUGAAAAAGAACAAGAAAGACGCGACAAGAAAGAGCAGCAGAGAAUCAAUAUGCUCGAGCUAGAAGAGCAGCGCGCUCUUCACGAAGCUCUCUUGAAAACACAAAAAGUAUCUUCUCUACCUUCAAACGAACCAGCCGAAGAAAGCAAUUAG